AUGUCCCCCUCCGGGUCCAUCAUAGCCGAUGGCCGUCGUGGCAGGACCGUCAUGGCCGAGAUGCCUGUCCGUGUCCAGCGAAGUCACAAAUCCAGACAGAGGUCGCCCCAGGGAAAGGUGGACGAGUUUUGGAGGAAGUUUACCACCACAGCUCCAGGCAAAGCCACCACCCUCCUCCCAAAGAACGAGUACGCUGAGAGGCUAGCCAGGCGCAAUGCUUCAAAGGAGGUGGGCGGCGGCACCGCUGCCCAGGCCUCGUUCGAGGAAGCGGCCGCCCUGUGCCGUGCCAAGGUCGAAAAGAUCGUCGCCGAGUGCCGCCGCGUCAACCAAAAGUACCGUGACCCCCACUUCGACCUCGAGUUCGAUCUCAAGACGGGCCGCCGCGAAUGUCUUGAGUCGCUGAACAACAUCAAGGACGAGUCGUCCGACAGCGACGAGAGCUCUUACCCGCCUCCACCCCGGCCCAGGGGCUCACCCUAUCGCCAGCGAAAGACCCGCGGUGCUACCCAAAGGGCCAGCCGGCCCGAUGCGAGACGGAGGCCGACCGAGCUCCUCGCCGACGGUGUCGGCGGAGCUCCUCAUGCCAGCAACGAUCUUCAUAAUAACGGCAAUGAUGAGCCGCCCCUAUCACCGCAGGGCCGCAUACCCGGCUCCAAGUUCUCGCCCAAGUCGGUCAAGCGUGUCGGCGAGAUCUUCGACGACCCCAAGUUCUACAUCGACGGCCCUACUGCCAACGACGUGCGUCAGGGCCGAGACGGCGACUGCUGGUUGAUGGCGGCUCUGUGCACCCUUAGCAACAAGGCUGGCCUGAUCGAGCGCAUUUGCGUGGCUCACAACCAGGACGUGGGCGUUUACGGCUUCGUCUUCCAUCGCGACGGCGAGUGGUUCAGCGAGAUCAUCGACGACAAGCUAUAUCUGACCAAGCCCGACUACGAUGAAGCCAUGGCCGAGGGCAUCAACAUUGAGCGCCUGCUGUGGGAGGAUCGCGAGCGCCCAGAUUCGGAGGAAAUUUACCGCAAAACGUACCAGUCCAACAGCGGCGCCCUGUACUUUGCCCAGUGCGAGCAUCCCAACGAGACUUGGCUGCCCCUGCUCGAGAAGGCCUACGCCAAAGCCCACGGCGACUACGCGGCCAUCGAGGGCGGGUUCACCGGCGAGGGCAUCGAAGAUCUCACCGGCGGCGUCACCUCUGGUUUGUUUACGACGGACAUUCUCGACAAGGAGUAUUUCUGGAAGGAGGAGUUGAUGAAAGUUAAUCAGCAGUUUCUCUUUGGCUGCUCAACCGGUCUAUGGGGCCGGGGCUGGGGCGACAGAAAAGGCAUCAUGGAGUUGCACGCUUAUUCGGUUAUGAGGGCGGUAGAGAUGGACGGCGAGCGUCUGCUCCUCCUCAAGAACCCCUGGGGCAAGGGCGAAUGGAAGGGUCCCUGGAGCGACGGCUCCAAGGAAUGGACAUCGGAAUGGCUACAAAAGCUCGGCCACCGUUUCGGCGACGACGGAGCCUUUUGGAUAUCGUACAAGGAUCUCCUUCGCAAAUACCAAGCGUUUGACCGCACGCGGCUCUUUGGGCCUGAGUGGAAAAUCACCAGCAUCUGGACGACGCUCAAUGUGCCGUGGACAGUCGAGUACCACGACACCAAGUUCUCCUUCACGUUGAAGCGGACGGGUCCUGUCGUGAUCGCGCUCUCGCAGCUCGACGACCGCUACUUUAGGGGGCUCGAGGGUCAAUACAAGUUCGGGCUCAGUUUCCGAGUGCACAAGGCCGGCGAGGAGGACUAUCUAGUGCGCACGCAGAGCACGUAUCGGAUGACACGGUCGGUCAACGUGGAGCUUGAACUCGAGGCCGGCGAGUAUCACGUUUUGGUCAAGCUCGAUGCGCGCCGUCGCUCCUACAUCAUGCCCGUUGAAGAUGUCGUGCGCGAGAACGCAAAGGAACGCCGCGAAAAGCUGCUCCGGAUUGGACUUGCCUACGACCUCGCCCACUCCAAGUCCAAGCACACCGCUUCGCCCGAGGAGAAGACCGCCUGGGAGGCUUACCGGAAGCACAAACACCAGAAGAGCCGCGAGCGCAUGCGCAAGAACAUCAAGGAGGAGAAGCAGCGCAAGCACUAUGAGAACGUCUUGGUCAUGAGAAAGGAUCGGCGCAGAUUCGAGCGCGACAAGGAGCGCAAGAAGGCCAAGGCUGAGAAGAAGGAGGCGGAAAGGAAAGAAGCAGAGGAGGCUGAGAAGAAGGAAGCCGAGAAGAAGGAAGCAGAACCGAAAGAAGCCGAGCACCAGGAAACCGGCAAGAUGGCCGAGGAACCAGAGCCAGCAGUUCCGGCUGGCUCGACAGAUGAAACGGCAAAGGAAAGCCAGGACGGCGGGACCAAGAUUGAAACUGAUGCUGCUCCAACGGAAAGCCAAACGCAACCCGAUCUCGAGACGUCUACCGAUGGUGGAGACGAUACGCCCUCGGCUUCUACUUCCUUCAAGACAGCCUCCGAGUCUUCUCUGAACGAAGAGAAACUUUCAGUUCCCGAAGAAGUUCAUAAGGAAGAUGAGACCUCCGAGGAACAGAAAACCCCCACAGCUGAGGAUAAGGUUGCCGAGGAGAAGGCUAUCAUUGAGGAUGAAGCACCCAAGGAGACGGCUUCCACGGAGAACAAAGCGGAACCUACCACUGUCGCUGAUAUCACAGAGGCACCGAAGCCGACUUUGCUCGGCGCGGAGGAGGGCAAGGCCGCUGUAGACAAUCCGCCGGCUGGCAAAAAGGAAUCCCAAGGAGGGGGGUCCGGCUCCAAAGAUGCACAAGCUGAGGGCAAAGUCGAAACUGUAAAGCCCAAAGAGGAUCCGGUUGAAUCCGUCAGUCCUGGGAUACGGGCCAAGCUCCAGAAGGCACUUGGCAUGGUUUCCACCUUCCAGGAUGAGCUCAAGGCCAUGCUCGGCGAUGACAUGGGUAACAUGGCAAACCUAGACGACGCGACGGGCACGGAGUCUGAUGGCGAUGAUGAAGCAGAGCAGAUGGGCCAGCAUGCAGGCCGUAGUGGGGAACGCGAGAGGGACCGGAACAGGGACAGGGUACGGGUCCGCGAAAGACCGGGCGUCCCUCCACCACGCAUGUCUUCGCGACAGCGGGGCUUCCACCCGCAACAGCCUCUGCCAGGCCGUUACCCGCCGCCGCCACCUCCCGGCUGGCGGCCUCCGCCUGUCAACAUCCGUGUGAACACAAACCAACCUUACCACCAGCCGCAUCUCGGCCAGUUCCGCGGGCCGCCGCCACGGCCACAACCGCAGCGCGGCGGCUCCGACUCAGAGGGCUACGUCAACGACGUCGAGUCCGCCGCCUAUGAGACACUCGAUUCGGCCGCCAGCGAGUCGGAGCUCUCGGAUCGCGAAGUCGACUACCAUAUUUCGGAAGAGAAGCAACGCAACAUGAUGGACCGUGGCGACCGCGGCGGGCAGCGUGGGCCGCCUGGUGGAGGCUCGUUCGACAACAACAACUCUGACAACGACGAGUUUGUCAGGGACCCAUGGAAUGCUGUCGCCGUCGUGGGAUUGCGGGUGUACUACAAAAUCACGGACGAGGAGAAGGCUAGCGAGGCCGAAAAGGACACGGAGGGGGAUAUCGUCACGCUGAAGGUGGUGAAGCCCAACUAUUGGGACCCGGAGCUGUACAGCAGCGACGAGAACGACAAGAAGAAGCAGGAAGAGGAGAAGAAGGACGGCGAGAACGAGGCCAAGGUGCUGGAUGUGGACGACAGCGCCAAGGACGCCACGGUCGGAGGGGAGAAGAGGAAGGCCGUGGUUGAGGGCAGCGGCGCGGAGGCGAAGGUCUAA